AUGUCCUCCCCAAUCAUUCAAGUCGCGAUAUUAACACCACCUGGAUCGCAGACUUCCGGUCCUGUUGCACAUACAACGCAGGAGGUGAUUGAUGAGGAUGGCGACAUGAUCAUCACAAUCUCCCAGUCAUCUUUCCUUGUCUCUUCGAAGGCCAUUUCGCUGGCAUCGCCCGUAUUUCGCGCCAAGUUCAAAAAUAGUCGGCAGCAAGAAUCCCCUUCCAGUGGCCGCCUCCGCAAGUUCAGUCUGCCCGAGGAGGAUCGCGAGGCUUUCGUCAUUUUCUGCAACAUCGCGCAUCAUAGAAUCGAAGCGCUGCCGAAGAACGUGGAUAUCGCAGGUCUGUAUGAGAUAACCUUGUUCAUUCAGAAGUAUCGCUGCGCGUCUGCCAUGGCUGAGCGCUGCUCGGGAUGGAUUCAGCACGCUUCCAAGGGAGCGCCGCCAGAGGAUCUUUGGGAUUUGUUACUUCUUGCGUACCUUCUAGACUCACAAAAGUACGUUUCGAGAAUUUCCCGCAUGCUUGUCAGUAUGCGCGAGGGGCGUUUCCGCCGUUGGGACUUUGCGGUUAAUAACUUGGAUUUCUUGCCGGCGUCUGCGUUGGGUUUGUACACAUUUCCUGACUAUUCUGCUGUAGAUCAGUCCACUAAUCUGCCUCGACUACCAGAUCUGUUGGACGAGUUUCGCGAAACUGUAAGCUCGAAAGUUGAAAUGACGCUGCUCAGACCACUCACUAAGACGGGGACCGGAACAUGCAGAAGGCUAGCGGCCUUCAUCGUCGCCUACGCCACCUCAUUGAGAAAUGCUGGAAUCCUCCCAGGCACUGAAGAGUUCCGCUUCAAGACCCUUUCCAGGAUCUACACUGAUGCUGCGAGUCUGCUACCUGACACCCUGGGCGAAUUCCACCCCGGCUGUGACGACUGCUCUACGGUCAAGGAGUACGUAUCAUCUGAGAAAUUGCUGAAUCAGCUUAACAAAUGUGUAAAUGAGGAAGUUGGGCUUUGUCUGCUUUGCUUGAGGAACAAUAAGGAGUGCCGGAAGCAUGCGAAGGCGGUCCUGGAUGAGAGGUGA